GAUUCCGGGCUUCACCAGCUCUACAGAGCCGGGCCCCCGGCGCGCCGAAACCCGCGCCCCUGAGAAUCCCGGCGCGCGCACCACCCGCGGCGAGGGGCGUGGCCAGUCGCGCGCUCUGCGUUGGCGGCUCCUCGCGGCCUGGCGGUUGGAAGCGGUGCUGCCUUGAAGAGGCUGAGCGCGGAGCUGCGUGAGGACAGGGGAGAAACAGGUGAGAAUGGACGGAAUCCGGCGGGAGCGCUCGUGAGGACUGAGCGCUGCGGCUCCUUGUGUGAGAAGGACUGGGCGCGCCAUCUGCGGGAAGCGGUUUCGUCGUGAUGGACAGCUCGAAAGAUCUGACCAUGUGAACCAGACAGAAGUGAGCACCAACCAUGUCUUGAUUUACCUGGAUAAGGUAUCAAACCAAACACUGAGCUUGUCCUUCACAGUUGUGCAAGAAAUUCCAGUAAUCGAUCUGAAGCCAGCCAUAGUGAAAGUCUAUGAUUACCAAGAGACAGGCAGUAUAUGAUGCUGCUCCCCUACCCACUUCACACUGAGACUCCUGAGAAAUGCUGCCUCUCUCUGAGCCACCUGAAUGAGACUGUGACUGUAAGUGCUUCCAUAGUGUCCCAUAGUGGAACAAUAAGCCUGUUUGAUGACCUCGUGGCUGACAAGGACUUAUUCCACUGUGUUUCCUUCACGCUCCCAAGAUCCUCAUUUCAUGGGGACACAGGAGAACUUUUGCUCAAGAUAAGAGGACCAACACAUGAGCUUCAUAAGCGUUCCACAGUGUGGGUGAAGAACACAGAAAGCAUCGUUUUUGUCCAGACAGACAAACCAAUCUACAAGCCAAGCCAGUCAGUUGAGUUUCGAGUUGUCUCUGUGAAUAAAGAUUUGCGACCACUGCAUGAACUGUUUCCAUUGGUUUUCAUUGAGGAUCCCAGAAUGAAUCGAAUUAUGCAAUGGCAGAAUGUCAAAUCAGAGAAUGGUCUUAAGCAAUUGUCCUUCAGCCUGUCAUCAGAGCCCAUUCUAGGUUCCUACAAGAUAGUGAUACUAACACAAUCUGGAAUGAGAACAGAGCACUCCUUCACCGUGGAUGAAUUUGUGCUUCCCAAAUUUGAGGUGCAAGUAAAAGUGCCAAAGGUAAUCACCAUACUGGAGGAAGAAGUGAAUGUGUCUGUGUGUGGAAUAUAUACCUAUGGGAAGCCUGUCCCAGGACAUGUAACAAUAUGUAUAUGCCCACACGGUUCUCAUUUCCUGAACAGGGAUCAAAGCACAAUAAAUCUUCCCUGUAAGGAAGUCAGCCAGCAGAUAUACAGCCAAGGCUGUCUCACACAACAAGUAAACACCAGUAUGUUCCAAUUAAAGGAUUCCAGAUAUUUAAUUAGGAAGCUUCAAGUGAAUGCCAAGAUUAAAGAGGAGGGGACAGGACUAGAAUUCACUGGAACUGGGAUAAUUGAAGUCACAAGAAUCAUAACCAAAGUCACAUUUGUGAAAGUGAAUAAAUACUUUAGACAAGGUAUUCCAGUCUUUGGACAGGUACGCCUAGAGGAUGGAAAAGGAGUCCCUAUCCCAAAUGAAACCAUUUUCAUCCAAGCUCACAGUGCAAACUUCUUCCUUAAAGCUACCACUGAUGAGCAUGGCCUGGCACAGUUCUCUGUCAACACCAUCCACGCUACUAGCAACAUCCUCAUCAUCAGAGCCUACUACAAGGAGCAGGAACCUUGUUUGCCCUUCCAUUGCAUGAAUGAAGUACACCAAGAUGCACGUCAUACAGCUAAGCAUGUCUUCUCCUUAAACAAGAGCUAUGUCCAACUUGAGCCUGUGGCUGGUGCCCUGCCCUGUGGCCAAACACAUACAGCUAAGGCACAUUAUAUCCUGAAUGCCCAGGUCCUGGGGGAGCUGAAGGAGCUCAUCUUCUAUUACCUGAUCAUGGCCAAGGGCAGCAUCAUCCGAAGUGGAACCCAUGUUCUCUCUGUGGAUCCAGGAGCAUUGAAAGGCCAUUUUCUUCUGUCAGUCCCUGUGGAGACAGACUUGGCUCCCUUGGCAGGGUUGCUCAUCUAUGCCGUUCUUCCUGAUGGGGAAGUGAUUGGGGAUUCUGCAAAACUGGAGAUUGAACGUUGUCUUCACAACAAGGUGGAUCUGGGCUUCAGCCCAGCACAAGGUCUCCCGGCCUCACAAACCCACCUGCGAGUCGAGGCUUCUCCGCAAUCCCUCUGUGCCCUCCGCGCCGUGGACAAAAGCGUGCUGCUCAUGAAGCCCGAGGCCGAGCUCUCCGCAUUCAAGGUAUAUAAUUUGGCACUUCUGAAAGCUAUUGUCAGGACAAAAGAUGAAGAAGAAGAAGACGAAGAAGACUGUAUCAGACAUGUCUCCACUGACACAUUACCAUACCAAAUCCUAGACAAAAAUGAAAAAGAUCUCUACAGUCUUGUAAAGGACAUGGGCUUAAAGGUAUUCACUAACUUGAAGAUCAAAUAUCCCAAAUUAUGUACUUUCUACUCAAUGCCAGUUCUAGUGGCUGAUACAAAACUGAAUGAGAGGAUGACACCAUUAACACUCCCUAAGACUGCGCGAAGCUAUUUUCCUGAAACCUGGAUCUGGGAAUUGGUAGUGGUAAACUCAUCAGGAAUGGCUGAAGUAGAAGCUACAGUUCCUGAUACCAUCACUGAGUGGAAAGCAGAGGCCCUGUGCCUGUCCAAUGACACUGGACUUGGUCUGUCUCCCAUUGCUUCUCUCCGAGCCUUCAAGCCCUUCUUUGUGGAGCUCACAUUACCGUACUCUGUGAUCCGUGGAGAAGCCUUCACACUCACGGCCACUGUAUUAAACUAUCUUCCCAAAUGCAUACGGGUGAGUGUGCAGCUGAAAGCUUCUCCUGACUUCACAGCUAUCCCAGUGCAGAAAGAACAAGAUUCUUACUGCCUCUGUGGAAAUGAGAGGGAAACUCUGUCCUGGUUGGUAACUCCUACAUCUCUAGGGAAUGUGAAUUUCUCCAUGAGUGCAGAAGCAAUACAGUCCCCAGACCUCUGUGGUAAUGAGAUGGCUACAGUUCCUGAAACUGAGAAGUCAGACACAGUUGUCAAACUCCUGUUAGUUGAGCCCGAGGGAAUCAAGAUGGAACAUACUUUCAAUUCCUUACUCUGUGUAUCAGAUGCUGGGGUAUCAGAAAAAUUGGCCCUGAAGCUUCCACCAGGAGUAGUGAAAGAAUCAGCCAGAGCCUCUGUCUCUGUUUUGGGUGACAUUUUAGGCUCUCCUAUAAAAAACACACACAGUCUCCUCCAGAUGCCCUAUGGCUGUGGUGAACAGAACAUUGCCCUUUUUGCUCCUAAUAUCUAUGUACUGAAAUAUCUGAAUGAAACCCACCAACUGACUCCAGAGCUCAAGUCCAAGGCCAUAAACUUUCUCAAUGCUGGUUAUCAGAAACAGCUGAACUACAAACACAAAGAUGGCUCCUACAGCGCCUUUGGAGACAAAAAUGGCAAUGAUGAAGGCAACACUUGGCUCACAGCCUUUGUGCUCAAGAGUUUUGCCCAAGCACAACCCUUUGCCUUCAUUGACAAAGCACACAUUACCCAAGCCCUCACUUGGCUUUCUCAGAAGCAAAAGGACGAUGGCUGUUUCAGGAGUUCUGGGAAUCUCUUCAACAAUGCCAUGAAGGGUGGAGUAGAUGAUGAAGUGACCCUCUCUGCCUAUAUCACCAUUGCCCUUCUGGAAAUUCCUCUCCCAGUCACUGACCCUGUGGUUCGCAAUGCCCUGUUUUGCCUAGAGUCAGCCUGGAACACAGCACAGGAAAAGACCAAUGGCAGCCACGUCUACACCAAGGCACUGUUGGCCUAUGCUUUUGCCCUGGCAGGUAACCAGGGCCGAAGGAAUGAAGUACUCAAGUCACUUGAUGAGGAAGCUAUAAAGGAAGAUGAUUCAAUUCACUGGGAGCGACCUCAGAAACCCAAGUCGUCAGAGGGCCAUUUCUUCCACCCCCGGGCUCCCUCUGCUGAGGUGGAGAUGACGUCCUAUGUGCUCCUUGCUCACCUCACUGCCUGGCCUGCCCCAGCCUCAGAGGACCUGACUACUGCAAAGCUCAUUGUGAAGUGGAUCACAAAGCAGCAGAACGCCCACGGCGGCUUCUCCUCCACCCAGGACACGGUGGUGGCUCUCCAUGCUUUGUCCAGAUAUGGAGCAGCUACUUUUGCUAGAACCGAGACAGUGAAAGUGGCCAUCCAGUCUUUGGGAACAUUUUCGACAAACUUCCAAGUAGAAAACAGUAAUCGCCUGUUAUUACAGCAGGUCUCAUUGCCAGACCUUCCUGGAGAGUAUGACAUAACAGUGUCAGGAGAAGGAUGUGUGUAUAUUCAGACAGCUCUGAAAUACAAUGUUUUCUUGGAGAAGAAAGAAUCUGCAUUCGAUCUCCAAGUACAGACUACACCCCCCACCUGUGAUGGACCCAAAGCCCACACAAGCUUCCAGAUAUCAAUAAAUGUCAGUUACAUAGGAAGCCGUCAAGUCUCCAACAUGGUGAUUGUUGAUAUAAAAAUGAUAUCUGGUUUCAUCCCAUUGAAACCAACAGUGAAAAUGCUUACAAGAUCUAACCAUGUGAGCAGGGCAGAAGUGAGCAACAACAAUGUCUUGAUUUAUUUGGAACAGGUUACCAAUCAGAUGUUGAACUUUUCUUUUACUGUUCUGCAAGACAUCCCUGUAAGAAACCUGAAACCUGCACUUGUGACAGUCUAUGAUUACUAUGAGACAGAUGAAGCAGCUUUUGCUGAAUACAGUGCCCCCUGCAACACAGACACAGAGCAAUCAAAUGUUUGAGACUCAUUUCUCUUAACAAGGUUUUCCUGAAAUCUCCAGACCAACCCUUAAAAGGAUUGUCUAGUCUCUGCAGUAUAGAUAAUGAACAAGCUUGUUAAAUAAAUAUGCAUGUCUAAGGAA